CGAUCUCGCGAGAGCCCAGCGCUGGCUCGGCCCUGUGCCCUCCCACUGAAAUGGUGACUCCCUGAAGCCGAUCAGCUCCAGCCCCAGCCCGGCGUGGAGUUGUCUGGGAAGCCCGGAGCAGGCGAGCGGCGGAGGCGAGAUGCAUUCGGACGAUGUUGUCUGGGAUAGUCUUGGAAACAAACAAUUCUGCUCUUACAAAAUAAAGACAAAGACACACAACUUUUGCCGCAAUGAGUAUAACCUGACAGGUCUGUGCAAUCGAUCAUCCUGUCCUCUGGCAAAUAGCCAGUAUGCAACCAUCAAAGAGGAGAAAGGUCAGUGUUAUCUGUACAUGAAGACAAUAGAGCGGGCGGCUUUCCCCAAUCGACUCUGGGAGCGGGUCCGACUGAGCAAGAACUAUGAGAAAGCUUUGGAGGAGAUAGAUGAGAACCUCAUCUACUGGCCACGCUUCAUCCGGCACAAAUGCAAGCAGCGCUUCACCAAAAUCACACAGUAUCUGAUCCGCAUUCGGAAGCUGACACUCAAGCGACAGAGGAAGCUUGUUCCUUUAAGCAAAAAGGUGGAAAGGCGAGAGAAAAGGAGAGAGGAAAAAGCCCUGAUUGCUGCUCAGCUGGACAAUGCCAUUGAGAAGGAGUUACUGGAGAGACUAAAGCAGGAAACGUAUGGAGAUAUCUAUAACUUCCCCAUACAUGCCUUUGACAAGGCUCUGGAAGAGCAGGACGUAGAGAGCGAAGCAGAGUCUGACACGGAGGAGAAGGAAGAAGAGGAGGAAGACGAGGACGCUGACAAGAGGGAGUUUGUAGAGGUAGAUGAGAGCGACCUCAGUGACUUUGAGGACAUGGAUAAGCUGGCGACAAGCAGUGAGGAGGAGCAGGAUGACAAAUCCUCCAGCGAGGAAGAGGAGAGAGAGAUGGCGGAGAGAACCUGUCACUCCAAAUCCAAGGGCAAAGCUCCUGUGAAAGGACCAGUCAGGACAAAACGAGCCUACAUUGAAAUAGAAUAUGAACAGGAAACAGAACCUGCAUCCAAAUCAAAAGCAACCUGACUCCUUCGAAAGAGGGUAUAACUUGAGCUGUAUGCUGGACAGUGGGACUCUGUAGCUGGAGGAGUAUGACAGUGUGACUUUAGCAGGGGGCAUUUUGACAGGUGCAAAAUCAAAUUUAAAUAUUUUAAUAUAAUAAAAAACAAAAAAGCA